UUAUAUUUGCAUAGUCUGCUGCGCAUAGCACGGUUGUUUUAUCUACUGCUCCGCGUGAGUCUCUGAAGCCUCGGUGUUUCUGUGUCGUUUGUCCGCUUUUGACAAGCUAGUCGUCAGCGAUCUCCUUCGGCCUGCUGUCGCUGUAGCUUCUGCUAAACAACACAGAGCUGAAUGAAUGAGCUUCCUUGUCGUCUUCGUUUGCCUUGUACUUAAAGUGGAAGUAAAUAAUGGCUCCUCAACCCGUCAUCCGAUCUAGACAGACGGAAAAAACAAUAAACGGAAACCCAACUCAAGUUGUCUGCACGGAGUUCAGCAACUACAUUUUUAUAGUUUUGACACAGUAUGGUAAAAUUGGGACACUUGUAUCCAUAACACCUGACACAAGGUCUGGUGAAAUCAGCCUACCCAUGUUCAGUACCAGAGUACUGCUGGGAAAGGAUGAGCCUCUUACACAUGUCUAUGCCAAGAAUGUUGCAAUGUUUGUCUCACAAGAAUCAGGCAACCGACCGGUCCUGCUGGGCCUUUCACUUAAAGACAACAGCGCUGAAACUAUGAAAAACGUUAAAGAUAUGAUCAAAGCCUGCCAGGUUUGGUAAAACAGGAGGUCAAACGGCACUAUUUCUGGAUGAAGACAAAUGACGUAUCUGCACAGUUUUUACAACGUAAAUCUUGACUUGUCAGAAUGAUCUGCAAGUGCAGUUGUUAUCGCACACACUUUGAAAAGCUUGAAUUUUAAUGUUAAAAUUAAGAGUGCUGUUCAAGAUCACAUCUGUUUGCCUCUGUAUAAUAGAUGUCUUUCAGAUGCCCUGAGAUUAAAAUGAUAUUUUCUUAA